CUCAAUGAUAUAUCUACCAAUAAUGUAUUUACCGCGAGCAAUGGUCUGACGGCCUUUGUUAACUGGUAUCAACGACAACGUGGGAUAACUGCUAGCGAUCACUACAUGUUGUUCACUGGACACGAUAUCGCAUCAGAAACGGCAGCAGGCAACCCAUCAAGGACCUGCACCAAAUAUGGCGUCUCUAUCAUAGAAAAUCAGUUCAGUGGAAUGGUGGGGCUGGAUGCUGCAAGACAGUUAGGUCGCAGUCUGUCUGCAGUAUAUGAUAAGGAUACAAGCUGUUCUGACGCCAAACAAUUUGUAAUGUCGUCUGCAUUUGUCAUCCCUGUGUCUGCUGUUAAUGAGGGAAACCCGUGGAAGUUCUCGACUUGCUCAGUCAACAGCUUCAAAAGUUAUCUGAGAACUGGUUUUAUUCUUGCUGUCAGUGGUUUUAUUCUUGCUGUCAGCGGUUUUAUUCUUGCUGUCAGCGGUUUUAUUCUUGCUGUCAGUGUUUAA